AGAAGCGGCACAUGAAUUAGAGAGCAGGAGAGGGAAGAGGAGAGGUGCGGCUAGAGAGAGAGGGAGAGAGGGAGAGAGGAGAGAGAAAGAGAGGUGGUGGAUGGUCCCUAGAAGUGGGGAUAACGAUGUCUGAAUGCGGCCAGCGGUCGACCGGUCCCCUGGUGGCAGCUUUCCUUUCUCCACGCUGACCAUGCCCCUCUCUCUCCUCAUCUCUCGCUGACCGACCCAAAAAUCACCUCCCUCUCUCUCUCUCUAACUCAUCUCCUUUCUCUCUCUAAAUAUCCCUAACCUUCCUUCCUUUGACAUUUGCCUAAGUCAAGCCCCAAACAGUGUCCGUAUCCGCAAUACAAUAAUCGCGCAUUUCGCAUACAUAAACCCCUGCACCACCUCUGCGCCUUUUCCAAAAGUCAGCGCCCCGCUCUCUCCCCUGCUUCUUCUUCUUCUUCUUCUUCUUCGUCGCUUUGUUGCGCUUUUCUCUCUUUCCAUUUACUGUCAAUUCAAGCUUCACCCACCCCGAGGCGAGGCAAUAACAAGCUUGGUCUGAGAAGAGGAUAUGGAAAGGGGCGGUGGUGGGCUCUGCUACUGGGCCUCUUCUGCGGACGACUGGGAUUUGCAGGCCGUGGUGCGUGGUUGCACCUCUGAGCGCGUUCCUCGCCACCCUUGGUUCGAUGGUGGCGCGAUCUCCAUCGAGUCCUCCUCCACCUCCACCACCACCACUGCUGCGCUUUUGGUUGACCAGGCCGUUAAUGGUGAUUGUGAUGGUGAUUUCCUCUCUGCUUUCCCAGAUCUGGUAUCCUCGUUGCCCGCUAUGGAGCUCGAAGAGUCGUACAAGCCUUUUUAUUCCAACAAUUCAUCUUGUGAAGCUCCGUUGCUUCAGAAACAGAAGCAGAAGCAGGCGCGUGGUCUUUCGGUGUCAGGAGCUUCUCAUACACAUCUUCGUCGAUCUAAAAGAAGCAAGAGCCAGUUGCGGCGGGUGGUGUGCCAAGUGCCUGCGGAGGGGCUGCCAUCUGAUAUGUGGGCGUGGAGGAAAUACGGCCAGAAACCCAUUAAGGGUUCCCCUUACCCAAGGGGCUACUACAGAUGCAGCAGCUCAAAGGGGUGUUCUGCCAGGAAACAAGUGGAGAGAAGCCGGUCUGACCCUGGAGUAUUCGUAAUCACCUACACAUCCGAACACAACCACCCUCUCCCCACCCAUCGAAACUCCCUUGCCGGAAGCACCAGGAACAAACCUGAAGCCUCCCCGACUCCGGCCGAUACUACCACCUCAUCACAGCCACCACCAACCCACAAUCAUCCUAAGCCCGCCUCUUCUCCACCCCAUCUCUCCCCCACCACUCCGCUAAAUAUGGCGGCCAACAGCAACGACCUUCAGAAGCACCAGGACGAGGAAGAAGACGAAGAGGGGGAGGUGGAAGAAGAUGACUUGUUCCUGGAGUUGGAAGAGUUGGGCCAAAGUGGUGGCGGUGGCGCCACCGCAUCGGCUUUUGCGGAGACUUUUGUUGGGGAUUUUCCUUGGCUCAGCUGAUGUGUGAUGAUACCUUCUUGGGGUCCAUUGACAGAGGAAGAGGAAGAGGAAGAGAUGCGCGUUUAUUAUUGUUAAUUUUUCCGAUCCUUUUUGUCCCCUCAAGACUCGAAGGCAUCUCUUCUCCACCCACAAAAAGAAUGCUUACACUAAAACAGAGUAUAUUCACAUUUCACUCAUCAGAAACCAGAGAAACAAGUUUGUACACACCUCAGUCUUCUCUUUUUUCUUUUCCUUUUCUCCCUCAUCCAUCCAUGAGACAGUAAUAAUAAAACCAGAGGAUGAUACUUUUUCUC